AGAGCUGACAUUUGUGUUUUGAAUGUAACGCGGUUGAUGGCCGCUCAACGCUGAUUUGUUUUUCCUUCUUCACUAUUUUUUAAUUUUUGUUAGAGUUGACUGUCAACAUCUGAAAGUUGUACAGAUACAGUAAUGUCGUCCAUGAAGUCCAGUUCCACUGGGGAAGGCUUGCCUUCCAGCAGAAGUGGAGAGCGAACCCCUCUGAGGAGUCUGGAGAAUGAAAUGCGGCUCCUCUCAGCUCCAUCACCGAGGCUGAAAUCAGGUGCUGAUGUUGUGAAAAUGACAAAGGGUGGCAUUCCUCUCUGUGACCCAGAGCCCCACCUUUACUGUCCUCCAGCCACAGAUGUGAAAGAAACCACUGCUCCCAUGAAUGAUAUGAUGGCUGCUGAGAGCGCCUGUGGAUCUGGAGAUAUAACAUUGAAAUCAUUUGUCUGUGCUGGUGGUGAGGUUGAAAUCUCAGACUCCUCAGUCUGUGGAGAACAGAGCAUUAUUUUACCUAAUGAUCAGGCUACAGAUAACACUGAGGCAGAGGAUACAGUCAUAUCUGACAGUAUGAUAGUGCAGCCAUGCCAGUGACCACAUAGAACAUCCCUAUUACACUCCUGAGAUGAAAGAUGCCUCCUGGGUUGAUGACCAUCUCUGUGAGAUUACCUCUGGGAGCCUGGAUGAUAAACACACCACACAGGAUUUGGGAGUGUUUCAGAACGACUGCUGUGGAGAGAAAGAUGUCACCUGGAAAUCCUUUCGCCUGUGACGGAGGUGAGGUGGAGGUCUCAGAUGUCACCAGACAACAUGAUGAGACUGUUCCUCUGCCUCAGGAACAGCUGGGUGAAUCUUUACAGGACAACAGUGUAAACUCAACUAUGUUCUCUGACUGCAGCCAUCUGGGUGAAGCAGAACAUGCUGAUCAUCUGUAUUGCAGCAGUGCAAACAGUGUUCCUGUCAUCACCACCUUCUUUGAAAAACCUGCUGAUGGACUGAGGGACGUAACCUUCAAAUUAUUUAACUGCACCGGGGGAGAGAUAGAAAUUUCAGAUGACACCAAACUUGUAAAUGCGACUGUUCCUCUCCCAGCCAACAACACUGAAACCAGCUGUGUGUCGUACAGUUAUAGUAUAAAUCAAAGCGCUGUAGCUGGUGACCACGAUGUGCAGAACGGUAAAGAUCAUUUAGAUCAUCUAUACUGUGAAAAUUAUUCAUCAACUUCGAGUGUCAACCUUUCCACCGUUCAGGAGCCUCUGCCAUGCAGCACUGAUGAGGUUACACAGCUGUCCGAGAAGACUUCCCCUCUGCCUGAUGACCAGGCUGUGAUCUGUCAGCUCCUAGACAACAACACUGUGCCUACUUCUGUCACACAGGAUCAAAUCCCAGAUAACUUAGAGCAGCCUAAUCGCCAUGUGGAAACCAACAAGGUUGUUGUAGAUACUCACCCAUCAGCUCUCAGCUCAUCUUCACUUCACUUCACAUCAUUAAAGGCUUUGGAUAAUGAAUCCUUUAACUGUCAAGAGCAAGCAACAUCAAAGCACCUGAUACAUCCCGAGGACAAUCCACUGCUUUCAGCACUUCACAAAACAGAGUCAGCAGAGACUCUGGCUUCAGCAAAGAGUCCCUCACCUGUGGAGGUGCAGCAGCAGCAUCUGGAACAUGGACCGGCUGAAUCCAGUGAGGCAAAGGACAGUGCCCUGGGCUCAUCAGGACAUGGACCUGUUCUUUGUAACUCUGCAGAGAACCUCUCUGAUGCUCUGAAAGCUCUGUCAGAGUGUCCCUCAGUAGCAUCAGCUUUACAGUUUGGAAUCCUCAGUCCUGUUGUUAAGAGAGCUUCUCUGUCUGUAUUCAAAGCUCAUAAUGGUCCCGCUCUCGACCAUUUUUUAUCUGACGACUCUGCUCUGGAGGGUGAGAAGAGCCUGGUUUCUCCUGUAAACCCCGACCCUGCUGGGUUAUGGGCGGAGCACUUGGAGAGCCCCAUGCCACGUCCUCUGUUCAACUCCACAACACUGGGUUACAGGCCCCAGUCAGGCCCAGUCCCUGACCUGGAUGAGGGUGUGGGUGUGAAGCCCCAUGCCGUCCCUCAGUCUGAGGUAGAAAAGCCGGGACUGGAUUUCCCGUUGAUUCCAGAUGGUCCCCUCCAGCAGCAGCUCCGGCAGAUGGCAGAGUUCCUCAUGUUGGCGUCUGGAAAGAUGGGUCCUGCUGCUGUCUCUGUCUCUGCUCCAACUCCUGCUGCAGUCACAGUCCCACCAGCGGGAGCUGCUCCUGCAGAAUCCCACAGCGUCUGUGUGGGAACCACUGCUGUGAAACUGGUGGACCGCAGUCUCAACACAUCUGGCCAGUUUGAGAGGAAGAGGGAUUUCUCUGUGGUUGAUUCCUGCACUCUGACUGACCCCCUCCUCUGGAAUGUACCUCCAGGCAGCCUGGAGUGUCUCCCCAGACAGGAGCUGGAACAGAGGUUAAGGUCUAGCAUGAUCAUGGUAGAGGCCCUGGUGCAGCAGUUGGCUGCAGCCAGAGCACAUGGAUGUCCUCCUGCAGGCCCUGCUCCUUCAGAGCUCAGGGAGAAAUUUGUGCAGACGGACCACACAGAGCUCAGUCAGACCACAAUGCACAGAGACCUUUAUUUGGAGGCUCUGAGCAGGAUUAGUGAGUUGGAGCUGGAUGGAGCUUCUCUACAGAACCUCACUCAGUGUAUGCAGGACAUGAGGGUCACCAUGACAUCUCUGAGCAGUGACACAGAUGCUGCUCUCUCGAACAUGAAGGAAGUAGAAGACAUUGUCAGAGAGGAUCAUCAGAGCCUCGUUUCACAUUACGCUCAGAUGAAGUCUCUGUUUGAGAAAACAAAGGCGACACAAACACGGAUGGUGCAGAAGGUCAAAGAUGCUCUUCACCAAAGAGAUGACAUGAGGACACAGAUGGAGGACGCCCUCACAGCCAAGGAGGCGGCCUUCAGUGCAAUGGAACAGCUGAGGACACACUGUGCCACAGAGAUGUCAGAGCUACAGAAGAGUGUUGGGUCUCAGCAGGAACUUCUGGCUGCUCUAAACCAGGCUUACCCACAACAGGUUGCAUUAAACCAGGCCUACACUGAAACACUGAAUUCUGCUUCUGAUCUUCUGUCUGAAACCAUGGAGGAGCAGUCUAGUCUGAUGGAAGAACUCUGCACAGUCAGAGGUUUCCUGCAGAAAACUCUUCCCUUACUUCUGAAGCUGAAUGAGAAGGCAGCGUCUGCUCUGAGAGAGAGAGACGAACAUAUUUCUGCUCGAGAUCAAGCUGUUGAAGAGAGAGAGCAGAUCGAAGAAGAACUGAACGAAGCUAAUUUGAAUCUCCAGACUGCCAGAGAACAGAUUGGUGAUUUAAACCUGCAGGUGACGAUUCUGACUUCAGAGAUGGGUGUGCUGCGUCAGAAGCUGACAGAGAGAGAGGAGGAGAGGGGUCAGCUGGAGAGGAAGGUGACAGAGUUGUCUGCUACAGUUUCCUCCACAUUGGCCUCCUACACCUUCCUGGAGCAGGCACUCGCUGCUGAGACUACCAAACUGCAGCAGUCAUGGAAGGACAUCCAGCAAGCCAAGGACAGAGCAGACGAGUUGGAAACAUCUCUGGUCCAGUCGGAGCGGCGAGUUAGUGAGCUGACUCAGGCUCUGGCUGAAAGUGAGGAGCAGCUUGGUCAGCUGCAGAACCUCUCACAGUCUCAGAAGAUACAGCUCCAGCAGCUCCAAGACGUUUGCACACAACUCAGCGGCGUGAGGGAAAUGAAUGAGUUCUUGCAGAUGGAGAACGAGCUGGCGAGGGAGCAGAUGGCUGAGAGUGAGCGUAUGUUGAGGGCCAACCUGCAGGGGCUCCGGGAGAGGAACAUUCAGUGUGAGGACCUAAAAGGAGAACUCAGUCAGCUGCAGCUUGAGAACAGAGGUUUACAGGAGCAGCUGGAAACCACCAGGUCCAGAGCCAGGGAAAGCCAGAUGGAGCUCGGAGAGAAGUUGGCUCAGGCGGUCACUGAAAUCACUCUGCUGCAUCACACACUGAGAGGACUGACCAACGAGCUGCACGCUGCUCUAGAUGAACAGAAACCAGAACCACAGACAGAUAAAGAGUUUCAACCAGUCCACAGCCUGGAGCGUCGUCACCCCUCCAACUCGUUUGUCGACAGCAUCAUGGUCGCAUUAACGACCGAGAAGGAGGACGACGACAAAACGGAGACGCCUCCUGGUACAGUCUCCUCAGACAUGCCUGAGCCACAGUGUGAAACUUUGUUCAGUGAGACGAGCGCCUUCACCCGCGUCUUAGCCGUCACCCCUAAAAAGAAUUUAACCUCGGAGUUUGAACCAGAGGAGGAGGAUCAGAGCAGCGUCGCCGAGCUGCUGGUCGACCUGGGCGGCACCGUCACCGAGCUCGUCUCCACCCUGAAGCUGCUGCGACAACGUAAAGACGCUCAGCUGGAGGAGCUGCACACCAUCAUCUCUGACCUGCAGAGGGAGCAGGAGGCUGCAAACAGCAGACACCAGGCUGAGGUGUCUGAGCUGAAGCAUCAUCUGAGUUGUAUGAACAGCCUGGUGGAGAGAGGAAACCAGGCUCUGCAGCAGAAAGCUCAGGAUGAGAAAACUGUGGCGAGCCUGUCGGCAGAAAUACGAGACGCCAUGGAAGCUCUGAACAAACACAAGACUGACAGUAACGAAAUGAGGAAGGAGGUGUUGGAGCUCCGUCGCUCUCUGCAGCAGUCGAAGGUGGAGUCUCAUUUCCUGCGUGAGGAGCUGAGAAAAGCUGGUGGUCAGUCAGCUACACCUGCACAUUUCAUGGAGGAGAAGAUCCAGUUACUGAGAGAGGUGGAGAGACUGAAGCUGAGUCUUCAGGAGGUGGAGCAGGCCAGAGUCAAACUGCUGGAGAGAGCAAAGAGACACCAAAUGAUCCAUCAGAGCAACCAGCAGAAAAGUGAGAAUGAACUUCAGAUGUUAAACAACAUGAUCAAUAAAGUCAGAGAGACUCUGUUGUCUUUGCCAGAGGUUGUGAGAAGUUGUGAACAGCUCCAACAGCUUGUCGAAUACAUCGGCUGACGUGUUUGUUAUUGUCACAUGUGUUAAUUAUGUUUCUGUCUGUUAUGUUUUAGUCCUGGCUGUAAUGUUCAUAUUUUAGAUUUAAAAUAAAAUACUUUUCAAUCUUA